AUGGCGCAUGCUUGGUUGGACUCCCUGUCGGAGGACUGGGUCUCUCAGCCUGGAUCAGAUGCAUCUGAUGGACAGCUCCCACCGCUCCCAUCGCCAGACGAAAUCGAGACGCCGCAAAUAAAACAGUUCCCUAGCCGCAUACCGCGCAGAGCCGGCAACAGGUCGUCGUUGCCUUCGGUAGAUAGCAAUAGUCCCCAUGUUCUGAGCGAGCGCAGCGCCAACGACAUCAACGUCUCCAUCAAGAGAUUGCCUUCGAAGCUGUCGCAAGAAGUCAGCGCAGACGUAUCGCGAUCCAUUUCGAACGAGACAGAUGGAUCUGUUGUUCACAACAGAGUGCCGAGUCAAGGAUCCCCAGAUAAAAAUAGCGAGACUCCAGAAUGGAAGCGGCGCUUGGUAUAUGGUGACGUUGCAUAUGGCGAACAACGAGACCUCUUUUGCUCAGCUGCAGUUGGUCUUCAAGAUAUGUUCAAGCCUCCACAAGAAGGCGAAGAGGAGUCGGGACUCGGUGGUGAUACAUCUCAACAUGUCGACAUGACGAUGCCGUCAAGCCCACCAACAUACCCCCAACCUGUUACUGACGAGGACCUUGACGGGUUUCCCGAUUUUGACGAGGAUGAAGAAUACCCCGAGGACGUUACGCCGAGCCCGAGCCCCAGGCGCUUGCAAAAAGAAAUAAAGUACAAAUUGAACGAAAGUUCGCCAAUUCCCGACUCUCGUAAAUCGGGCCAGCCUCGAGUCGACGACACGCUGGAGCAUCAAACCGAACACGACAUAUCCCGCGACGAGAGCUGUCUGACUGCCCCCCUUGACAAAGAAGCCGCAUCAAGGAAGCCUAGUGGUCAGAGCGACACGCGAAAUGAAGAUUUCAGCCCGAUCUUGAUCGGCAAACAUAACGGCACAAACGGAAAUGUGAAUUUUGCCCCGAUUGAGGUGCCCGUCGAUCAACUCUGGCAAAAGCUGGAGCGACUACGAGUAAAUCAAUUGCUGCUUGAUUCUCAGGCAAACCAUCAGGCUGGUAUUGAUGCGAGUCCCAGACCUCCAGCCAACAUGGAAACAACCGAAGAUUAUAUCCAGAACGGAGGCUUCAUCAACGUGCGACGUGGAGGAAGGUCCGGCGACGGCUCGUUUUACAACAGGGGUUUAAGCUCAGAACUCGGCGCCGACACAUCACAAAUGUUUCCAGAGGAGUCUUUACAAGCUAGUACUCCUAAAGAGUUCCCAUCAGUGCGGACUCUGGGAACGAAUCCAUACCCUACGUUUCAGAUCACGCAAAGUCCUUCUCUGCCUCGAGCACCCUUCCCGAGUCCUGAAAAGAAGCAGCUUGUACCUGAACAGACUCGACCACCAGCCACCAGCCCCCUGAAAUUAUUUGGGCCGUACGACACAUUUACCAACCAAACCUUGCUUAGGCGUAUUAGUCAAUUCGAGGAGACAUCGGGCAGCCCGUCCCAAAGGUCCACGACGUCCGAUGUUAUUGACCAUCACCCUGAGGAUGAAAGUGCGCUAUCUGCGUCCACCCUGCAGAGACGAAACAUCAGUAAAUUUGGUGGGGGCGACUUGGAUGGAUUUGAAUUUCAAGGUGACAUAUCCGACGAAAUCUACGAAGAUUCUGACGUAGUGGGCAAAGAAAACGUUGCGCCAAAUGAGCCCUCCCUGCCAUCAUAUCCGCUCCGAGGAAUUCAAGCACAGGAUUCCUCGCCUGAUGGCUACUCUGGUCUAGUCAUCGAGCGGAAACGCAGCAAAAACGAAACGCCAUCUCGUGUAAGAGAUGGCGAGACUCCCAUAUCAUCAAAUGGAGCAUCAGUCACGUCUGGAUCACCUAGACGGGAUCUCGGGUCAGAGAGCAAGCGGCCGCGAACUUCUCCUUCGAAACACCCGACACCGAAACGAAGGCGAACGCUGCAUCGAUCAGAUAUUGCGUUUGGCCGAGAGUCUAAAGAAGAAGCAGCUGAUACCACCCAUCUACAGAUGCAUUCGCUCUCGUCGAGUAAAAAGCGCAAAGAUGCUCUGCCUGGUAAUUUUGAAGUAGCAGAUCCCAACAUUCUAGCUUCAAGGCCUAUGCUGCAGCCACGAAGUCCAACAUCUAGCAGGGGUUCAUCAGCGUCAUAUGGCCAAGCCCAGAAGUCACAUCUUCGGAACCCUGCCAACGAGCUCCCAACUCCACCAAGUGAUGCUCCGACCGAGACGGACCGCAAGCCAUCUAUACGCACUCAGGACUUUGUGGACCAAGCGGCUCAAAUAAUGGCUAUGAUUCGAAACCAAGUGCAGCCAGAGCUGGCGAGCCUUGAAGAGUCUGAGGAGUAUAUUGAGGCAGAAGAUCGACGACCAUCAUCAGGCGCGGAAUCCUACCAAGAUUCCACAAGCGAGCCCUUCUCCCGGCCUCCUAGCAGAGAAGGACACCCCAUAUCUUGGGUACCUCCACGUCAAGAUGACCCAGAGUUGGCGAACAGGCUGAAACAAUAUGAGGAAUUCAGUGAUAUGGGCGAUGUCAUUUCAUCUUCGGUGAGAUCUCUGGGUCUUGCGAAGAACGCCAUGCCGGCAUCACAGGAUCCAACGCGACGAAUUGAUGGAGGAAAUCAGUUGCGAUCCAAUAUCAUGCCGAUUCCCGUGCGGGGUGAAGUAAUUAGUGACCUCCCGAAUGUGCGAAUCACCACCAAUCCUCUCGCCAACGCAGAGCAGGGGAGCUCGUCACAAGAGUAUCCUUCACAUUCAUCGAACAGAUCUACAAGCCAAACCUACCCAUCGGCGUCAUCGAGGGGAUCCGAGUCUAGGCGCACAAUAAUGCCAGAGAGCGUAUCCCAUUUAAUUCCUGACAGAGUUGGCAGCAUGUGUUUGGACAAAGACAAGAAGGUGUGGAUCAAGAGAAAGGAGUCAGUGUCGGUACCGGAAUGCGAUAUUCUACCCUCGGAGGACAGUGAAGAGGAUCCGUUCGCCAGUAUUCCUGAUCUUUCAGUUGACAUGACAAGGGAGAUGCAUAAUCUUAGACUUGCUACUGCUGGCAAGGAGCCAGCGAUGGACAACCCUGAGGAGCGAAGCUCACCAAGGAGCCCCCCUCGACGAGUGGUGAGCAGAGGAUAUGUAACCCUGUCACCCAGUCAGCAUAUGAGUCCUCAGGACGGGGCCUUCACGAACGAAGAAGUUGAAAAAGUCGAGGGUCUUUCCGACUAUCGCAAAGGAGAUUCUACGACCAAAACCCAAGCUGGCCACCACAGAGGGAGCAAUGCUCCAUCGUUGACGAAGCGCCGGAACCUUACCAUCUCGUUCUCUUCACCCAUUGCAUCUGUGAUACGGGACAUAUCUCUUGAAGACCUGGAUAGUAUUGAGGAAUCGGACGACCGUGACGAGGCUAACAACGCUGAAGCAUCAACUCAUCGGUCACCGCACCGAUCCUCGUCACAGGUGGAAGCUAAACCGAGGAAAGGCUCUCAGCAUGUUCGCGCAAACCCCAGCCAGGCUCCAUUGAGACAAGCAUCUUUCCGUGGCCCAGCCUUUAUCCCUCGUCCUGUAUCUCGUAUUGACGAGCAAGACGAAGAGAGCACUGUUGAGCUUGCAAAUGAAGACCGCCAGCUUAGUGUCAUUGGGGAGCAAAGCAUGCUGAACCAUAAGACGCCGGACGGACGGCGGGCCAGCCUGAGCUUUGUUUUCAGCCAAACACCAGGGAACAGGGCGCUCGCUCUAUCCGCCGAAGAUAGUGAAUUUAUCGGACGAAAUGUUGGCAAGCUAUCGCUAAGCCCCCUCUCCGAGUUCACUCUCAACAAUGCCGACCACUCUUUUGGAUUUGAAGUCAGCUACGUCAUGGGUCCUCGACACAUGGCUACAGGGGACGGCUCUAAUAAAGUUUUGUCCAUGACGAUAAGAGAACUGGUGGACCGACUCAGUGAAGCAGAGCCGCAUGAAUCCUUUUGGGAAGAUCUUUCGGAACUUGACCUCCAUGACAAGCGUCUUGCCAGCCUUCACAUGUUGGACGAAUUUUGCGGCAAGUUGGUAACGCUGGAUGUGUCGGGAAAUAAGCUGAACCACUUGGAGGGCGUGCCUUCAACCAUUCGAGAACUUAAGGUGUCUCAAAACUUUUUGACGGAGUUGACAUCGUGGGAUCAUCUGAUGAACCUGCAAUAUGUGGAUAUUUCUGGCAAUGAGGUGACGAGUCUGUCGGCUUUGAAGAACCUGGUCCACCUUCGAAGUAUCAAGGCUGAUAAUAAUCAGCUUACAAGUCUGGAUGGCUUAGACGCUCACGAUGGAUUGUUGCAUGUGCGGGCCAGGAACAACAUGAUUGAGGAAGUCGAUUUUGCGGCGUCGCGAUUUGUACGGCUUGAGGACCUGGAUUUGGGCGGCAAUCGAAUCAGCUCCGUGCAAAACUUGGACAUGCUUCCGGCGCUGGCCCGUUUAAAGCUAUCCAAGAACAAACUAACGGCUCUUCCCAUGGCAGAGUGCAUGAAGUCACUGCGACACCUUGAUGUCAGUGACAAUGAGUUGCUUGUGCUAGACAUUGCUUCAUUCCCCAGCCUCCAUUCAAUACACGCGGAUAGAAACCACAUCAGCCAGGUAUGUGGAUUUGAUCGAACUCGCCGGCUAGACAGUCUAUCCCUUCGUGAGCAACGAGGAAAAACUCCACUGGAUCUCGGCUUCUUAUCCAGUGCAUAUGAAGUUCGCAAGCUAUUUUUGUCAGGCAACUACAUGCGAGAAUUUGAGCCACGGGUCGACUUUCUCAACAUGCAGCUUCUCGAGCUAUCCAACUGCGGGCUGCAGCGCCUUCCGGACAAAAUGGGCCAGUUGAUGCCAAACUUGCGAACGCUGAACAUCAACUUCAAUGCGCUAAGUGACCUGUCGCCUCUGCAGUUCAUCCCUCGACUCAAGAAGCUUCUCGCGGCGGGGAACAGACUGGCCGACUCGACGCGGGUAACACAAUUGUUGACAGAGUUCCCCCAUUUGACACGGCUUGAUGUCCGCGACAACCCGGUGACGCUGGGAUUCUACGCUCCGCUGCAAGUUCUGGUACCAACUGACGGCUCAGGCGUGGCGGAUCCCUUUGUUCUGCCUGAUGCCGACGUCGCUAGGGACGAGAUGUUUGCAAGUAGGCUAGACGAGGCUACGAGGCUGCGGAGACGGCUGCACCAAGUCGUUCUCGUAGCGAGCUGUGGACGGUUACGAAUGCUGGAUGGUCUUGCCGUCCGCCGGCGAGAAGUCCUAGCACGAGAUCAGAUGCUGCAGACACUGAUUAAUGACGGACUCGUUCCCGACCCGGAGCGGCCGCAGGUGCAAGAGAAGGAAUCGGAGCCUAUCGAUGCGAAUCUAAACGGUCCAGAUGCAAUUGACGAGGAGACCAUGGCAGAUGAACAAGCUAGAGCACAGCUUGAGGAGGAAGCCGAAACAGCGUGGCACAAUACCAUUCACGAAAAUCAGUAG